UAUAUUUUAUGCGCGCAUGAUUGAAGGUUAGACUAUAAGCGGUCGAUUACUUAUUUGAGUAAUUUUGUUUAAUUAAAUCUUUGUUUUUGUUCAAGCAGUUUUUGAAGAGCUGUAAUGCUUGCAAGUUGCAAGAUCUAAAAACGAGCAAAUUUAUUAACAAAAAACAUGGAUCAAACAACAGCAGAGAUAAGCAAGCAUAAUUCAAAUGCGGUCCUGGCUCCCCGGAUGUUUUUUGCCGUUGGCAUGAGCAUAGUUGUGCACUUUCUACUGUCAUUGUCAUCAAUGAGCGGUGUGAUACUUAUGACAAACCUGGACAUAACUCAUCCCUUGGAGUGGCUGAGAAAUACAUGGAACGUCGUCACGUGCCUUAGAAUGUGGACUAAUUUUAUUAUUUUUUCGGUGGUAGUUUUUUUUUUGGGUAUCACCUGCAGGAAAAAUUAUCUCAAUCCACCCAAGUAUGCCUCUAGUCGUUUUGUGAAAUUCUGCUACUUUUUUACGCCUACGAAUCUCAAGCUGGGGAUGCUAUACAUGUUACUUGGUGGUGUUCUUGCUUGGCUGCACAUGUCCGUGGAAGGAGGCAGGUUUGGAUCUUUGAUAAAGAAAUGCGACAGAAUCGGCAAGUAUUGUCUCGUCGAAGAGCAUUACUUCUUAUUACUGGAGGGCUUCUGGAUCGGCAUCUACUUUUUUUUCAAUUCUAAUUAUAUGGGACUCCAUAAUCUGCAAUUUCCCAUCAUUCCCUUGUCAAAGAUAACUCAAGUUAAAAGAGGCAUCAGAAGCAUGAUUAGUAAUGCACUUCUGGACGGGCUGUGGCCAGUUUUCUAUUUCUUUGGAUUUUACGCGAUGUUUGGAAGUUAUUGUAGAGACAUUUUGGUCAUACCUGCCUCUCUGUCACUCGAAGAUAUACCACUCGACAAAUUCUCCAAGCUACUGAAUAUAUCAUUAUUUUUUCAUGCCUGGCUGUAUGCCGUGCUCUUUGUACUGAUUAUACAGAGCAUGCACCUGCUUUUUCAAGCCUUCCUCACGCAAUGGAUUCAAUUUGACAUUGAGACUGUUCAGUUUAUCGAAAAGCCUACUACAAUUACACUCACAGAUGCACUUGCAAUGGAGAGUACGCCGAUUCUUCAGCAGUUGGGAUACUUAGAUCUUGUAACUGUUGCUCAGAAAGAUAAGAUGAGAAGGUGUAAGCUUUUCACAUUGAGUCAACCUGGAGGACAUCCCUACAAUUGGAACAGGGUAGUAGAAAAAAGUUUAUCACUGAUAGAAAAAUUUUCAGAGCAACUGAAUUCUGCGUGUUCUGCUCAAAAGAGUCAAGUAACCCAACAAAGCAAUCCCAUGUCUAAUACUUUGUCCUCUCCAAUAACAAACAGAACAUACACAUAUCAGAUGAGAAAUCUGGUAUCUCCAAUGGUGGCUAAUUUUUCUAUCACACCUCAAAAAGCCGAUAUAAACUGUAAAACAGAGUCUACUGAUAACUUUGUUAUACAAUUCUACAAAAAUCUCAGAACGUCUGUUGUCAAUUAUUUUCUAUCAAAGAAACCCAUCUCCUAUAUUUUUGCUGAGCAGUUUGAAAAUAAAAUUAGACAUUUGCUUAUCAAUGCCCAGGCUAUUAUUUGGGCUUCAGAUGCAAUCUCGUCAUUAGCUGCCUUAUCUCUAACUGAAGAUCCAUACGGAAUCGUCCAAAAAAAUUUACAUGAAAUUAUCGAGGUGUUACUGAGGUUGAAGCAGUCGCUAGAUAAACUGCAAAAGUUAAACAUUUCAAUGAGAAAACCUGUCAGUGAUGAUAGACUACUUAGACAGACGCUGACUACAUUGCGUAGUACUGUCAGAAGAAGCUUAUACAGGAUAGUUUCGCACUUCAAAAAUUAUAUCAACGAUUUGGAACUCGCCCCCUUAACUAUUGAUCAGUUGCAGCCAUUUUUUACAUAUAGAGAAUAAUUGUUACGUUUUCACGAUCAAAAGAAACACAUUUUUUUGCAAAUCCAUUAAUAUUUAAGUUCACAUUGUGUCGCGUAAGUUCUCAAAGUGUAUUUGACUGUACUUACGCCUAUGAAACUUCAAAUUUAGCUCUAUUUUUAAAAUUUUUGUACUUAUUAUAAAAUACAAAAAAAAAA